AUGUCUGUUAUGUAUGGGCUUAAAAUAUUACAAACUCGUUUGGCACACGUAGGCUAUGAUAAAACUGCCCGGACUAGACACACAAAAGAAACAAUGUCGGAGGAGUCUUUCUCAACAGAAUUGGGUCGAGCUGGGCUAUUGAUGGCAAUGGAGUCAGCAGCGGAAUCAGAUGUACCCAACACCCCAGGCUUCUUCAUGGGCGACGACGGUCACAUGCAGGAUCUACGGCCCGGAUUACAAAAAGGUUCAAGCGCCAAUGAUGAGGACAGCGAAUCCCUGGAGGGAUCGCUCUACGAUUGCAACAUUUGUCUGGACACAGCGCACAAUGCCGUGGUCAGCAUGUGCGGCCACCUGUUUUGCUGGCCGUGUCUGCACCAGUGGCUGCUGACCAAACCCAAUCGCAAGCUCUGUCCCGUUUGCAAGUCUGGGAUCGAUAAGGAUAAGGUCAUACCGCUGUACGGCCGCAACGAUACUCGCAAGGAGGAUCCUCGGGUAGGAGUCCCACCGCGUCCCGCUGGUCGGCGCACAGAGCCGGAAGUGGAAGCUGAGCGUAUCCACGGAUUCGGUCACGCUUUUCACAUGUCCUUCGGCCUUGGCUUUCCCUUCGGUUUCAUAUCAUCUUCUCUAAACUUGGGCGAGCCACGCAAUCCACCUCCCAAUCGCGGUACUGCCCAGUACCAUAACGAACAAAACCUCUCCAAGUUCUUCCUCUACAUGGCCUUCGUCCUCAUCGCCUGGCUCGUUUUUGCAUAGCAGACUUUAGUCGGUAUCAGCCUCUCCAAAAUCUAUGAAAAAAGGGGUCAAAGUACAUACACCCCGCUUGAAGAAAUGUAAAAUUGGCCUGUGGUCUGUGCUUUUCAAAUUAAGUUCAGUGCAGUUUUUACAAGUGUAUUUCAAGAAUAAAUGUUGAGCGGUACUCGUUAAAACAAACAACCCAAGAA